AUGAAGCAUAUUUCCACAAAACCAGACACCACAGUGCUCGUUGCUGUAGCUUUGCAAGAUCACAUUAUUAGGAAUCUGCGGCUCCAAAACCUUUCAUUGUCUGAGGGUUUUAAAACAAAACCACAGACUAAACUGGGUUGCUACAGGCCCAUAGACAAAAGCACUGUGAAGCCUGUAGUGGAUACAGGAAUAAAAAGGAAAGAAGGAAGAAAGAAAAGGAAAGAAGAUGAGGAAAAAGAGUAUGUUUUGGAUCCAAAACCUUCGGGUCUUACUUUAGCACAGAAAUUGGGUCUCAUUGAUGCACCUAAAGCACUGUUAACAGAUAGUGAAUGGCAGAUGGUGAAGAAGCGAUCAGUACAACAGGGAGAUUCAGCACAACCCUGUGCUAUAUGCAGAGAAGAAUUUGGUAUGCAGGAACAGGUGCUGCUCUCUUGCUCUCAUGUUUUUCAUAGGAUUUGUAUGCAAGCCUUUGAAAAGUUCUCUGGGAGAAAGAGUUGCCCCAUGUGUAGGAAGGAGCAAUACCAGACCAGGGUAAUUCAUGAUGGAGCUCGACUGUACAAGAUAAAAUGUGCUACAAGAAUUCAAGCUCAAUGGCGAGGAUAUAUUGUACGUAAAUGGUACAAGGAGCUGAGACGUACUGUACCUCCAAAAGACAGGAAACUGCGAAGGAGGUUCUAUGAAGACAAGCUACAAGAGAUUAAUGACAGGUUGGUGAGGUCAUGCGAUGUGGAUAUUGAGAAACUCUUUUCUGAAAUUGAUCAGUCAGUAGCUACAAACAGGAGAGUUCUGCAGCAAUUGGAGAGGCGACGUGUUCCCCUUAUAUCGGAAGAAGAGUGGGAGCAAAUACAACUAAAGGCAAUCCUCAGGGAGGUAUUCGAUUGUCCAAUUUGUAUCACUCCUCUGGAUCAUUUUAGAAGCACAACAUGCCAUGAGACUGCUGAUCGGAGAGAGAAUUGUGGUCCGUCCGUGCGGCAAACAGUGCUGCUGUCCUGCUCUCACACCUUCCACUACACUUGCUUGAAAGCCUUUGAGGAUUUUUCUGAGGGAGAAAAGCAUAUUUGCCCAUUAUGCAGAUCGACCUAUGAAAAGAAAAUGUUAUGA